UUUACACAGUAGGACGUGAACACUAGUCAACCGGAGUGUUCACAGAUUUCGAUACUUAAAAAGAAACGAUGGAAGGUAACGUUGAACACUGCGAGUAUAUUCCUUACGUGCGUUUCAGGCGUAUGACGUGGUUACUUUAUGAAAAGAGAAGAAGAGCAGCGUCAGCUGUGCUUCUUCCACGCGGUGCACAUGGCCCUGUGAGAAGACCACGAGGCAGGAGGAGACCUGCCUUGGACCUGCGACCUCCUCGUUCUCUCAGUAGAGAAUGAGGCUCCUCGAUAAGUUACUGAUAUGAAGACUUUGUGUCCAAGGAACUCCGAGAGAACCAGUCUUGGAGGUGGAUGAAUACAGUGAGUCGGUGGUUAUUAUACCGUUAAGAGAAAUGCCACGUGGCUGCAGUUUUCAGAAAAGCAGUCCUUCAUUGGCUGCAUGUUUGAGUGCAUUACGAACGUUAAUGUGGUAGUUAAAUAAGAGGCUACACUACAUUUAUCAGAAUUAAGUGGCAUAUAUUCUAAAAUAACCCUCCAAACAAAUUUAGUUGUAUUACACAUUAGUUUAUAUUACUGAGAUAAAUAUGAAAAGUAACUUAAAUAGUGUGACUCCAAAGUGAGGUCGCCAUUGUACAGAAAUGCUUUAACUGAUCCUCCUGGAUAGAGUCUGCAACCCGAGUUUGUAGGACUACAGGUUAUAAAUACAAUGACCCCAUGCCAUUUCAAAAUUUACUGUUUUAUUUUCUCAACUCUCCAGACAACACGCUUUAAAUGCAGAAUUUAAAAUUCUUCUCAGCCCAUUAGUCUGCCCUAAUAUGUAUGUCACGUGUACAUCUGUAUGCAAUCCAAGUAACUUACAGUAUCUGAUCCUGAAGAUGUUGUUUCAGUGUCCCUACUUUUUUAAACUGCUACAGAUGUAUAUUUAAUUUAAAGUGCUUUCAUGAGAAAGGAACUACAACCCUUGACUGAGUAAUAGAAAUGAACUCUCCUGCUGUUUCAGGCUCACUGACUGAAGCUGGGUGCAUCUGAGGACCACGGUUCUCCUGCAUGCUUGGUGUUACAGUACAGGUCCUGCCUUCAGGGAGAGGUCUGCAGCCAUGGUGUUUAAAGUAUCGGACUAGCUGGAGGCUGCUCUCUAGCUCGUCACCACGCUGACAGAAAGGAGUCACCGUGACAUUCGAACGAACAGCUGCGAGCACCAACUUCUCUCAAAGUUCAGCCCAAUGAUGGUUUCAUUUUUGAGGUAAUGCAGAAGUGUCUGGGCUAUAAUCUGCUGUAAUAUUGACUAAUGCCUUAAUGAUGUGUAGAACUCUUGGUUAGGGCCAUCAAAUGGGGCUUCGAGCUUUUCUCCCAUAGCUUUUGUCUGAGUUUGGUCUAUGAUGAUUCAGUUAUUUGGUUCUACUGAUGUAAACUGAAGUCUACUCGCAGCGCACUGAGACACUCGGACUGCUUGAGCUUCUGUUGAGGAACUUGUGGAAGUCAAACACUAGUCACUGAUAUUUCUAUGUUGUCAGGUACGACGGUGGCAGCCCAAGCUGGAUGACAGUCCUGAACUGCUGCAAGCGUCAAAGACGGGUCCAUACCAUCAUCCAGGAAACGAAGAAUCCACUGUCACUGUUCAUAUAAAUAAACAGGCUCUUUCCUUUAACCCUUGGCAUGUGGAUGUACGUAUUUAAAGACAUUUCAAAUAAAUGGUUGAAAAGAACUUGAGCUUUUUUUUUCUUUUUUCAGUGAAGGCAGGUUUAUUACAAUAAAAAGACAGGAAAUGGACUCUAGUACUACACAAUUAUGGACUUAGUUUUGUAACUAAUGGCACUGACCACUGCUGCAUUAAAACUUCUGACUUUUAAAUGCAAACCUAUUAACAUACUGAAUGAUGGAUUACAUGAGGCAGCUGAAGUACCAAACCUCAUCCAGUUGGUAGCUGGUGACUCGAUCCUCCAGUGUACAUGUACCUCCAACAGACUGUUAGGCAGCAUGACAUAGUGUGCAUUUUUAGAAAUGCUCGCAUGUUUUCUAACUUGACUUUAGUGCCGUGCAGCUACUUGAAGGAGGGCUGUUUGGUUAAGACUAUAAAACCAAACGGCUCUCCACGUGACCAGCUGUAAUGUAAUCACCUGGUUGACUAUUUCAAACGCUGAACAUGUAUUUGAGGCUACACCCGCAAUCAAAAAUACUGGUGUCUUAAAGUAAAUGUCAGCGGGUAAGACUGCGGCCACCUGUGCGCUUGGAAUGUGCUGAAAGCGCGGAACCUAGUAAAGAGCAUACGCAUGAACUAAGUUAGACGAUCAAGUAUCGUUUUAUUUUGAAGGACGACACCUAACCGGUAGUCCGUAUUUGUUCUCAUUAGCUAGGUAGUUAACUGUAAACGUUCCGGUGCACGUUACCUUUUUGUUGCUGGUUAGCAGCACCGUCAAUGGUAGAAAUACAUUACUGAGCUUUAUCUGGAAGCUAAAUCCAAACAAUAAACCCGUCAGUGUGUUUCCAACACGGCCUCCAGAAGUUGAGCAACUUGGGUCUGUGUGCCGACUUAUUUGAUGCUAACAAGAGGACUAGCUUACGGUCUGACGGACAAACUCAAGCUAACGUAGUUGAAGGUGUGAAGACUGAAGCAAUGUGUUCCGAAAGACUGAAAAGUUGAAGAAGUUUGUCAAACAAUGACAUUAAUUGUAGUCGGUUGACGUUUAAAAAGUCAACUCAACCUGUUCACUAGGAGCUAGCCGGUGCUAACCUGCUCAUUGUGCAUAUUCUACGGUGACUUUGAGUUAUUUGAAAGCAACCUUGGCCAAUGGUUGCCAGGUUAAACCAAAGACAUGUAGACGAGAAGCCUGACUUACAAAUGCUGUCAUUUCAUUAAGAGCAUUGUAAGCGGGAGGUGUCACUUUGUCUGUUGAGCUGCUCAAACACACCCACAGGUGUGUCUAUGGCUUGAGGACGUAUGUGUCUCGGCCUGAAUCCUUGUGAACAAGUAUUACAACUUUACAACUGAACCGACAGUACAUGCAUGCUUUUCCAGUAAGCUCACAGAGCUGCCGGGACAACGUCAGCGAGAGGAGCUGAAAACUGCGUGUCUUCACUUUCAAUUCAACUCCAACACGCUCAGAGAAAGCAUGACGGCUGUGGUAGGCCGAGCAUGGGGGUGGGUGCGCUCAUGGGGCAGCAGUGCAGUGUCAGAGAAUACCACACCGGGGAUAACCAAGGGCCAUAAUCACGGCACGGGGGGGUGGACCUCUUGGAUCUGGGGAGGGUGGCGGUGUCAAAAUGACCAAAGUAGUCCAGCAGAGGAGUACUGGGAGGCGCAGGAGAAGCUUCCGCCCAUGGCAAUAGAAGUCCUCAGCGCUGGGAAACAGGAGAUGAGUGCAAAUUCAGAGCAUGUUUCUAGAUGGUGGAAUAAAUAUCUCCCAACGUCUUACCUUUCGUGGCCAAGCAAAACAGAACCAAGUGGAUUAAGACGAAGGAAACGUGAUGGUCGGAGUGGAGAUGUGUAUGACUGUGAUAUUGAUGGGGACUUUUCUGACUACGAAACGCCUCCUCUGUCUCCUACGCCUCCUUCCUCUGAGCUGACAUCUCCUUUCCGAAUCUUUGCGCACAGCUUGAAGGUGGAAAUCCUUCCAGAGCACUACGAGAUCUCUUUCAACUUCCUCCGCCACUUGUUUGAUCUGUUUGUUGUUGGCUUUCUGUGGACCGUGUCCCCCCCUGCCAAGCUGAUCCUGGAGGUGUUGGGGGUCCAGGGAGCUCUGAGGCUGUGGUUCCACGGUAUGGCCAUGUUUUUUGUCUCCACAGUUGGAAUGGCAGGACUACUCUGGUUGAUCCAGGAGUAUCUCCCUCAGUUUGCUUUGAUCUAUGGCAUCAUCCAGGCAUUGGUGAUCUCUGUCAGUGUUCGUCAGAGUGUGAUCCUCGGCGUAGAGGAAGAAAAAGAAGACUAUGAUGAGGAGGCCACAGUGAACGAAGACAUGAAAGACAGUGGGGAACUUAAAGAAAAGCUUGUGUCUGCUAAGGACAUGGUGAAGACAAGUUAAACCUAAGACGCAGAGAAGUCGCAGAGUGUUGAGGAGUCGACAUCAGUCCAGCGGUACCAGGCCUCCUCCAGCGGGACGCUGUUCUGCACCUCUGGGCUCUGCAGUGUCACUAAACAAUUGUAUUGCACCUUCAUCACAAACUCAUCGAAGUUUUACUCAUGUCACUUUAUGCUCAACACUAUAACACUAUUGAUGUGUCCUCAGUCUGAAUGUUGUUCACAUGGAUCGCAGUACAAAGUUCAGUAUCAGAAAGUAAACCACUCCUCAGUAAUAAAAGGAGCCAUGAACGUUCAAAGAAGAGAAAGAAUCACUCUGUUGCUUUUUAUUGUUGCGUUGUAAUUCUUGUCCUGAGGGACUACUUCUGUCACGAUUCACCAUCAGACCAGUUUGGGACCAGGUGACUGCCUGUGGUGCAUUCUGGGUGUGAAGAAAUGAACAAAUUUGAACCCAAAAGAACCAAAUUCACAGCUUGCAUUAUCUGAAUUUGUAGGCAUCACCACGAGGAGAAAAGAAAGAAGGAAAGAGGCAAACUUAUAACGACCUGGUCAGAGGAAACCGUGUAGGGACUGGACGAAGCUGUGAUUCAGGACAGAAGAGUCUCACAGUGCCCCUGAUGGUCGGGUCAAAAGGCUUACAAUCCUCACUGACUGCAGCGACAAGGAACCUGUUCAGGCUCUGUGUAGAGGAGUUUCAUAAUGAAGUCCGUAUCAAGUGAACAGUUCUAUCACGUGGAGGGCAGUUUCACCAUAGACUAGUGUCUGUGUUCUGAGGCUUGGAUUUGGGUUUUGUCGUUGGCCACCAUCUUAAGGCAAAGUCCCAUUAAAUGUCUCCCCAGCUCUCCUUUAGUUCAACUGUAAAACAUGACACUCCCGGACCACAACGUGCAGCACCGCUUUGUUUCCCGUCUGAUCGUGCUGAGUCAUGUUUGUGUUACUCACGGCUCUGUGACAUCACUGAUGAACAGAAGGCUGAUGUCCACAUGGGGUCAGUGUCACUGAGAUACACUCGCACUACACGUACCUACUGAAGCCAUAAGACGUCCAACGUUAGUCACUUACAAAUACAAUGUGUGUGAGACCGAGGACUAAAUGAAUGAAAUGCUUUGGUUGCUUUGAUGUACAGUAUUUUUUGGAACAAGCAUCUAAUUGCAGUCGGCUGUGAUAGUUAAAUACUAUAAAUAUAUAUAACGGUGUUCCCGAGGCAUACAGUACUUUAUAUAUAACAUGAACUCAUUAAGAACAUGACACAGUCAGUAAGUAUCCGUUUGGAGGUUUUCAGUAACACAUAAUACCAGCAGCACAUUCUCAUGUGUCGUUUUUUACUUCAUGUCUAUUUCCUCUGCUAUGAUAUUGCUUGUUUCAAACUGACCUUUUCUCCACACGUAUGCAUUUUUAUGGGCUUUAUCUUCCAUACCAUGCUUUAGAUUUAAAGGUACAGAGAUAAUAUUCUGGUUUUAGUGCACAAUAGCAUGCUUUAUAUUCAACACUAAUGUAUUUAACCACAUCAGACAUUCUAUUUAUAGCAUACGCCUCUAAUCCAUUUAUUCAUAAAAACAUGGCUAAGUUUGCUCACCUGUAAGAUGUGGAACAAUAUUGUAAUUAAAUGAUCUUAUUGAGA